AUGCUUCACGUGCUGGGAAGGCUGCUGACCUCUGGCAUCGACUCCACCUUUCUUCAGCACUCCUUCGGCAUUUUCUUGAUUUGCGACCAGCUGGCCAUGAGGGUUGUAACAUUCCUGCCGCAGUGGGAAGACGCAAUUUAUGGCGCAUGCUUCUUGGUGUAUGGGUGGAGCCUCUUGUGGAGCCUGGUAUGGCGGCACCAGCAGCAGGCGGCGGCUGCUCAGCUGCCAGCAGCGGGCACACUCGGCAUAAACCAACCGCGGUGGCCCGGCAUUUCCUGGGCUGCGGUGUUCAACCCUGUCAGUGGCGACAGUGGCGGCGGCAGCGUCUGGUGGCAGCGGGCCCAGCGUGUCGCCUACUGCCUGAUGUCGCUGGCCUUCUGGGCAGCAGCAGUGGAAAGAGUACUGGCACCAAUCGCCCGUGCUGGGCGGCGGUCGGGCCGCCUGCGCAACCUGCCGGAUGCACUGCUCAGCGUACUGCCCCACCUUGUGGUGGUGGUGCUCUCCCUGGAGGUCUGGGUGUGGCAGUCUCUGUCAGACAUGGUAGCGGCAGCGCACGGCAUCUCCCUACUGCCCCGACUGCGCACGCUGCUGCCGCCGCCUGGACCAGCCGACUGCUGGCCGCUGUUCAUCCUGCGCAGCCAAGUGCACCUGACUGUCAUGUCUCUGUCCAACCUGCAGCCUGAGGACCUGGGGAUGGGACCUCCCCCCUACCUUCUGUCCUACGGCAUGCGCGUUUUGACUCUCACAGAGGACGCCAUGUUUUCAGGCACGCACUCAAGCCUGGAGCGGCCCGCGGAGGAAGCGAUACCUUUCUGCGAGCCUCUCAUGCUGGGCGGACGGCAGGAGCAGCAGCUAGGCAGGCUGCACCUGCUGCAGCUGCAGCUGACGCAGGUGGAGCAGCAGCGGCAGGUGUACUACUGCUCCACUGAGUGCCAGCAUGCCGACUGGCCGGCUCACAAGAAGCUGUGCUGCUAUCUGCGCGGCUGA